AUUAUAAGACAAUGAAAAAAAUCACCAAAACAUAUCUAAUUACCAAAAUAGCUUAUUGAACUAACAGAACAACUAUAAAAAGCCCACUUGAGGGCAAAGAAGAGCAGCAACUUUACCCUACUAAGUAAUUAUUUAUAUUGAAAAUAGAGAUUUAUAGUAUGGAGAGAAAGGCUUUGUCAAUGGUGAUGAUGUGUGUGUUGGUGGUGGGAAUGUUUAGUGGGCAAUCCUUAGCCUUACCUAUGAAUUUCAAAACUUGCAUGAAGGAAUGUCUUCUUGGAUGUCUUGUUCCGCCAUGGACAGAGUUUUGCCCUGCUAAGUGCUUGGCUGAGUGCACUGUGGCCUCUCCUUUGGCGGAACAAAAUUCCAUCCAGUUUUGCACAGUCGGCUGUGCUUCCUCCUCCUGCUCCAAACUCAUCUCUAAAGACAAUCCUAAUCUGGAUGCAGCGGAAGGGUGUGCUGAUGAUUGUUCAGAUACAUGCACAAAAAAUUAUGCGCCAAGAAAUUGAUUAAGAUUGUGGUUCAACAAAUAAAUUAAUAAUCUUCCUAGACUUUGAAUAUUUCUAUUUUAUGUAAGACAAAUGAAGUUUAAUCUGGGAAGAAUAAAUAAAACUUUGUCCUUUA